GCCUGGAUCUUCUCAGCAGACCAUCUCCUCUACAGAGACCGCAAACGGCGAGACAUCUUGUGUACAUCAUGCAAAAAUUACCUCCGCACGUGAAACAUCAAAAUGGCCGCAUUAACUUUGCCAGAUCAAACACAGAGGAGUUUAACCUACCUGAGACGGAGUAUUUUGAAGGCGUCAUGGCUAGAGCACCAACAACACAAGCUCUCUCAGUAGUCAGUGUUGAUAUGCUUGUGACGGACAACAAGAAAGCGCACAACACCAGUCGGUACCAGAACAACAGCCUCAUAGUGCGCAGGAAUAAAGAAUUCUUCAUCAUCAUCAAGUUUGACCGACCCUUCAAUAACCAGCAGGACAAUGUUCAGAUAGAGUUCACGAUUGGAAGUUCGCCUGAUGAAAACAGGGGCACCUACAUGAUCGUGUCCAUCGGAAAAGAGAAACGUGACGGGCGCUGGAACAGCCGCAUGAUUGGCACGCAAAACAAUGAAGCAACAGUGGGCAUAACACCUGACUCCAGCUGCAUCAUUGGUCGCUUUUGCACAUUUGUAACAGUAGUGAGUGAAUUGGGAAAACAGCGCACUCCGAGGAACCCCAACACUGAUUUCUAUGUGCUGUUCAAUGCUUGGGACCCGGCGGAUGUGGUGUAUAUGCCCAAUGAGAGCGAAAGACAGGAGUAUGUGAUGAAUGAUGUGGGGGUCAUCUACAAUGGAGAAUUUAACAACGUAACCUCCCGCUCAUGGAACUACGGCCAGUUUGAAGAGGGCAUUCUUGAUGCCUGUCUCUUGGUUCUGGAUGCUGGGAAAGUACCUCUGAUGUACCGUGGGAACGCCACUGAAGUAGUUCGGCAGGCAUCAGCCCUGAUGAACUCCCAAGACGAUGAUGGUGUCCUGGUUGGCAACUGGAGUGGAGACUACUCCAUUGGCACCGCACCCACUGCCUGGACAGGAAGUAUUGAAAUCCUGCGUAAAUAUGCCAAAGGCGGUUGUGUGCCUGUUUGCUUUGCUCAGUGUUGGGUGUUUGCAGGUACACUGAACUCUUUUCUGCGGUGUCUUGGGAUUCCUACACGAGUCAUCACCAAUUACUGCUCUGCUCACGACAACUCGGGAAACCUGAAGACUGACAUUGUGCUGGACGAAGCCGGGAAGGUGGACAGAAGCCGCACAAGAGAUUCAGUCUGGAACUACCACAGCUGGAAUGAGGUGUACAUGAAGAGGCCUGAUCUGCCUGAUAAAUACUCUGGCUGGCAGGUGGUUGACUGCACCCCUCAGGAGACCAGUGAUGGUCUUUAUCGAUGUGGCCCAACGUCUGUCAAUGCCAUCAAGGAGGGACAGCUCAGCUAUCCAUUUGAUGCAAGGUUUGUCUUUGCAGAGCUGAACAGUGAUGUGGUUUACUAUCGGUCUGAUAAGUACGGAAACAAAAAGAUUGUCAGUGUGGACACUACAUAUGUUGGAAAGCUCAUUGUCACCAAAAAGGUGAACAGUGGCGCCUAUGAAGACAUCACUUCUAACUACAAAUACCCAGAAGGCAGUGACAAGGACAAGCAGACCAUGAAGAUGGCAGAGAGUUGUGGCACUCCUGCCAGGGGUUACCAACCACUCCCAGAAACAGGUGUGAGCAUCGAGCUCCAGGCCAACACCAUCAGAAUGGGUGAAAACUUUAAGCUGACGCUGAACAUUAAGAACCAGACCAGCCAAACGUACAACAUCUCUGCCACCAUCACUGGCUGUGUGGUGUACUACACCGGCAUCACCAGCUCAAUCUUCAAAGUUGACGACAAAGUUGCAUCCGUGGAUCCCUGGAAAACUAUGCAAGUGAUGAUUGAUGUCAGAGCUUUGGAGUACAUGUCCUACCUGGUGGAACAGUCCAACCUGCUGUUUGUGGUGCAUGGACGCAUUCAAGAGACCGGCAUGGCCCUCACGACAAUGAGAGUUAUCACCCUCCAACCUCCUGAUCUCACAAUUAAGGUGACUGGAUCACUCCUGGUUGGCAAGGCUUUCAUGGUUAUGGUUUCGUUCCGAAAUCCCUUUACCUUCAUCCUGACAAACAUUCAGUUCCGCCUAGAAAGCCCUGGUCUGAUGCCAACCAAAAUGAAAACAUACGAUCAGAUCGCCCCUGGUGGCUCGCUGCAAUAUACAGACAUGAUCACCCCUCAGUCUCCUGGGAAGAAGGUGCUGAUAGCGUGUCUGGACUGCCCUACAGUGAGGCAGGUCACCAAUCAGCUGGAAAUCUUCGUGCAGUAACGGAUUGCCGAGCGGAGAGAAAAAGGGCUCACGUAACCAUUUCAUUGAAUUGCUUUGCUUUCAUCACGAGCAUUAUCGAAAUAAAAGCUAGCUUUUUUCCUUUACACUCACGCCUUCCAACAGUUUCCAACUCACGCUCGCGCCUUCCAACUUCCUUGACUGUACAAAAAACACAAUCAAACAUUUAGUAGCCUACCGAUACAGCACGCACGGUCUGAUACUUUCCGAUUAAAUAAUGCAGUUAUCAGGAAAAGUUGUAAAUUGGAAAUGGGAGGAAGAGUGAAACAUAUCAGAAAUGUUUUCAGGUAUGCGUUUGAAGGAUAAUGUUUCUGCGGGUGUGCAAAAUGUUCAAUGCACACACAAAAUAUGACCUACAUAAACCAGAAACAGCGACGUGAAAAGUAUUCUUGCACCAACAGAAGCCUGAGUGCAUGCCAAACUUAGCUGUGAAGUAACAGAGCCGUAUUAAAAUUUAGUACGAUUUUGUCUAAAUUCCUGUUUUGGUUUGGUGCCUUAAUUAACACAACUAUUAAUCUGACUGUAUUAAUCAGAAUCUAUUGCAUAUUUUCUCUGCUAAAAUGCCACCGACUGUGUUUUACUAACAUAAACAAUAAACCUUCAGCAUGAAA